AUGGUGGAAGAUGACUUGCCCACGGAUAUCAGAUUUGAGCCCUGGUCUCCGCGCCUUGGUUCUGUUGGCUCUGCUGACGCUCCUGGCGGCACAAUUUCCGAGCGAGCCAAGUCUGCUGUCUCGUCUGUUGGCAAGGUUGAACUCCAGGGUGAUAUCACUGUGCUUACCAACUUGACGUCCAAGUACUACGCAGGCAUCGCCUUCUCAAUGUACGCUAGGUCACUGUACGCCACCAACAACAUCGCCGGAGAAACUUCAGUCUUUUCACAGUCACUACGAAAGCUCGAAAAUGCCUUUGGUAGGUAUGUGAACAACUUGGAGCCAAAUCCUUUGGCAUACGACACGGUGUGGGGCGGAGUCUGCUCGACUGGAUCCUAUGGAAACAAUGAUUCCUCGAUCGACUUUGGCAACACGUAUUACAACGACCACAACUUCCAUUAUGGGUACUACGUCUAUACGGCGGCGAUAAUUGGCUACCUUGACCCAAACUGGUUGACGAGGAACAACUCAGCCAAUACAGUUUGGGUCAACACCUUGAUCUGUGACUGGGCAAAUCCGUCCACAGAAGAUCCGUACUUUCCGUUCUCGCGCUCCUACGACUGGUACCACGGACAUAGUUGGGCCAGGGGCGUCCUCGAGUCAGAGAACGGCAAGGAUCAAGAGUCUUCAGCCGAGGACGCCUUCUCGACGUAUGCGAUCAAGAUGUGGGGACGUACUAUCGGCGACCCGGUCAUGGAAGCCCGCGGCAACCUGCAGCUAGCCAUCACAGCGCGGGCACUGCAGAGCUACUACCUCCUCGACAGCAACAACAUGGUCCAGCCACCCAACUUCAUCGGCGUCAGGGCUGCCGGCAUCCUGUUCGAUAGGCUGGUGAACCAUACCACGUGCUUUGGCGACCAGGUGUCUUUUGUCCAGGGGAUUCACAUGCUGCCGAUCAACCCCAGUAGCGCAUACACCCGCAAGGCAGCGUUUGUCCGCGAGGAAUGGGAUCAGUACUUCACUGGGAACAAGUCGGGGUCGCUAACGGGGGGCGUUUUCGUGGGCCAUGUGUAUGUUAACCUCUCCAUUGCGGACAUGGAGGGUGCGAGGGAGAGUUAUGAAUUCAUGCUGCAGCAGCCGGUCAAUGGGCCUUCCGUUGAUGGCCAGAGCCUCGCGUGGAACCUAGCCUACACCGCAGCUUUGGGUGGAAGUCUUGCCUCGAAUUCGACGGUUACUGGCGCUCGAAGGAAAAGUAGAGACUUGGGCGCGGUUUGA